CCUAUACCAAACGCCGUCCACUGUGGCGAUAUGGCCUCCGAUCCUGAUCCCGAUCGCGCCUUGCUCUUCCUCAUUCUCCAAUUCCUCGACCACCAAAAUCUCUCCGAAACCGCUCGCUCACUGGAAUGCGAAACGGGAUUGUUCUUCAACAUGAAUUAUUUUGAAGAGAUGUUGAAUUGCUGUGCUUAUGAUGAAGCUGAAAACUACCUUUGUGGAUUUACUGAUAUUCACGAUAAUAUUUAUUCCAAUAAGAUCUACUUUGAGAUUAGAAAGCUCAAAUUCCUUGAAGCACUUGCAGAUGGAGAGCGGGAGAUUGCUCGGAAAGUUGUUGAAAACGACCUCGAAAUUUUCAACCAAUAUAACCCCGGGUCUCACAUGUUGCUUUCGAGUUACAAAAAUAUAAAAGAAGCAAGAAAAGUUGUGUUGGAAAAUAUCAAGAAAUGCAUUCAAGCCAAUCCCCUUCUCCAAGGGAAGCUUUCAUUUCCACCGCUUCCUACGACGCUGCAGGCCGUCUACACGAAGGCGAUGGCCUCCAGGGCGGGCGGGCCGGCAGCGGCUUGCAGGCGAGAUUCCGACAAUUGAAAAUCAAUGGGAAGCUUUCGUUGGAGGAUAUAU